AUGGGCACAUGCCCUGUUUGCCCACUUCCUGGUUUCAAUCAUCCAUAUAAUACAUGGAGAAUUCAAGAACUACCACUUAAUGAAACAGUACCAACUGAUGGAUGGUCACGAAUAAAUGUUCGACCAGUUGACUAUGUCAGUUAUAAAUUACCUUAUAAAUGUUCACAUUGUUCGAAUAGUUGGUCGUCCAAUCGUCAUGCUUAUAUGUUAUUUAAAUUUAAUCGACAAAGACGUCAAAUAAAAAUGAGAGUUUAUCGUCAACAGUGUUUGGAAUGUCAUUCACAAGACUUUGUUAAACCUUCUUGCAAUGAACUUCAACUAAGAGAAGCAAUUAAUUAUGUUAUAGAUAGAAUGACAAAUGGACACGUUAUUAUUGGUAAUGACAACGGUGGUCGUGGGCGGAAACAUACUGAAGCAGAAGUAAAUCAAGCCUGUGAAGCAUGCCACUUUGAUAUUUGUAAAAAUCCGAUAAUUGAUUGA